AUGGCUUUCCAGUGGCUAUUCAAGAGGAAAGAAGAACACCGAGGUCUCCUUGUGGGCCUAGAUGCCUCGGGGAAGACUACGUUGUUAUACCAGUUGAAGCUGAGAGAAGCUGUUACGACGAUCCCCACCAUUGGAUUCAAUGUCGAGACAAUUGAGCACCCAAAAGGAACCAAUUUUACCCUCUGGGAAGUCGGUGGUUGCAGCCAGAUCAAAAACCUUCUUUACCACUACAUCCAGCCAGGAACAUUCAUCAUCUACCUCCACGAUUGCUCUGCCGAAGAGUCAUGGCAACAGGAGUCGGUGAUCUUCCUCAGGGAGUCUAUCGAAAUGUGGGUUAGCAACGGAUGCGGACAUAUCUGCGUUGUGAUGAACAAACAGGAUAAGUUGGCUCCUGAGACUCGCGAGUCCGUCCUGCAGGAGAAAUCCGAAUUGUUCGAAAACGUCCUAAGACCCCAUAAGAAUUCAACGGAGUGUCGGGUCUUGCAGCUUCCUGGGCUGAGUGCACACACUGGAGAGCGCGUCUACGAGAUCCUAGACGAGGUGCAUCGGAUGAUCGCUGGCAAGGGCAAGACGGUGACGCCUCCUGCCCAGCCGGUCCCUGUGGUGGCCCAGGAGCCGACGACCGAAGAGCUGAUGCAGAGGAUUUCUCUCGCCAACAGCAAAAUGGGCAGCGCGGACGAAUUUUGGCAAGCGUUUCUGAGGGCGGAUAUAGAGUCUUGGGAUCACCACACUCACCUUCGAGCGGGGUAUGCGGUGUUGAUCGAGGCGUUUUCUCGAGGCGACAGCGUGCUCAGGUCGGCCGAGACUUUCCUGGAUCAUCUGGAGAGGCUGAAGUCAACGAAUCCGGACAAGUUCAGAAACACGGCCCACAAAACGAUGACGGCGUUUUGGCUCUUCCAACUCCGUCUUGCCGCCCUGACAUACCAGGCCGACAAAGGCGUUGAAAAGGCACCCUCUCUCGCCAACUUUGGUGCGGUGCUGCUUCACUCUCCACACCUCAUGAACACAGGUCUUUGGAAGAAGUACUACACAAAGGAUUUGCUCUUCAGUCCGAAGGCGAGAGAAAACUGGUACUUUCCAGACAUUCAACCUCUCCCGACUAGCCUCCCCAAAACCAAAGCACAGCCCCAACAGGAGCAGGAGCAGGCAAAGCCCGCAUCUGAGCGCCUCCUCAGGUUUGCCUUUAUCGUUGUUCAAAAAAUCAUGCCGACGAAUCGUCGCCGCGGCGAAAUCAUCGGAUAUGCCCUAGACGCGCUAAAACAGCACACCAUUCGCGAGCGAGCGAAGAACCCUCGAGUCGCACCAUACUCACUGACUCAGGCAUACUUCUGGAUCCAAAUCUUCCAUCAUGCCAGAGUAUCUCUCGAAGCAGCUGGGGAGAAAAGCCUACCUGGACUGCCUACCCAGAUCUCGGCGCUUAGCUUUGAAGCUUUCAAAGCUCUUCUAAACUUGAAGGGAGAUGAGUGGAAGCUCCAUUAUUCACCUCGUGUGUGGAACAGCAUCCCAGCUCGAAUGGAGUUUCAGAUCCCGGAUCUCAAGCCUUUGCCAAACGCCUUGAUCGUGCCGCCGCCAUCAAACAUCGAGCUGGCACGUUCGAAAAUGUUGGAGUCCAUCCAAGAAGGUGUGUCAAUUCGACAUGAGAUCCCCCGGGACGAAGACUUGGUGGUUAUGGCAGCGAUUCUUGUUGGUGAGGUUGGCGCGCUCGAAAGUAGUCCUGAAGAAAUUAAAACUCACGGCGGGCUCCUUGCCUACCUCUACAGCCGGCUUGUAUCGGAUGAGGGAACUGGGGUUGACGUGGGUGAAGAAGGUAGCCUAGGUGUUUCGUCAAGAGCUGUCUCGGUUGCCUUAGAGCUGCCUGGUCCAUACCUCUCUGGGAUCACUGGCAAAAUGUUCUGGGUUCAACAGGUCAUUGCAGCUUCUGCCAAGGCAAAGGCAGCAGGGGAUCAGUUGAGCUUUUCUCAGUUCAUAAAUGGAGCUCGCCACCUGGCGCAUGAACAGCUGCCGUUGGUGUACUACUCCCAAGAACUAUGGGAGAGUAAGGAAGCUGACGAUGCCUUUGUUCCGCCGGACGUUAGGCCAUUUCCUGCUCUUAUCAUCCCAGCAAAGGAGUAG